AUGGACUCUGAGCUGCGACUGUCGUCGCCCCGCUUGGGACCUUCGAUGCCGAUAAACGACCAGUCCAACCUACAGUUGGGCCAAUUUGACCCGGAAUCGCAACCCUUCGGGCCAUUCCGUCCCCCGACCGAAGCUGAAUCACAGCUCCAGAACGCGACGCAUACGUUUAUUCGUCCUCCACGAUCAGGCGAGUCGGCAAACAACUUUAUUACCCCGUCUCAAUCCGCACAACACCACCAAUUGCACCAAGGUCACCCUGUCAAUGGAGUUGCCACGCAUUUACAACCGCAAGGGCAAUCCUCCAGUAGUUUGCAUCAAUCGCAGGACUACAACAAUGGCGCCGCUCAUACAGCGAACAUGAGCGGGCCAUUGCAUGGCGCUGCUGCUGGACAAAUGGUGCCUCCAGCGUCGCUGUCCCAAAACGAGCUAGCCAUGGGAAGCAACGUGCACCAAGCUCAGAAUAACAGCUUAACAACGCUGCAGUCCCAAAGUCAAUCGUUUCAACCUGACUUUAUCGAGCUAGAAGCUGGCUCUGCGGAUACGGUGUCCUUCACUGGGCCCGGGGAGCUGCAAGGCUUCAAAGUGGUCCCUAACCCUCCGCAUCUUGAUUACUGGAGGGAUAGGUUGUUCAAUGUUGAUGAAAUGAUCACCCUGAGCGAAGAGGAAUUCCAAACCUACUUUCCCCACGUUGACAAUGUAUACUCUCAUCGCUCAACACAGCGGUACAAGCGUAAACCCUUUGUCUCCCAUUACUGGGAUUGUCGACUCAAAGGACGACCCCCCGGAACCCCCAAAUCCGACGACCCAGAAAAAAAGAAGCGCAAGCGUACGGCCAGAGAACGUGAUCUCUGCCAUGUCAAAAUCAAAGUCGUGGAAUACUUCCCAGUGUCUGAAAUGUCAAAUACAACCCAUGCAGUCGAGCCCUUGCCAUCUAAUAUCCUACCCGGCAUGUAUACUUUCUCUCUGAACGACGACCCCGCGAUGCGAAAUGUCCAAACAUUCGGUAUGCUCACGCCGAACCCUAGUCUACCACCAAAUCAUCCGGGAUCGAAUGGUGGGCGAUAUUUCACUAUACAGCGAGUGAAUGGCAAUGGUGCCAACGGGAAGAAUGACGGAGUGAGUGGCGGUCAUCAACAUACGCUUGAAGAGAGCGACCGUGUCAAGAAGAGUAGUGUGCAACGAUAUGUUCUGAAGGAAAAGAAAGAUAAAAGGACGAGAGCGGACCGAGUCAUGUCUCGAACAGGCCAAAAGUCAUACCAUACAAAAGCGACGGGUCUGGCCGCUGAAACUGCGAUCAAACACUCCGCCGAUGUUAAUCUAAAGCUAUAUGGGAGCUGCUUCUGCCCCUUCGUGCAACGGGUAUGGAUUGCAUUGGAACUGAAAGGUAUCCCUUACCAAUACAUCGAAGUGGAUCCGUACGAGAAGCCCCAGUCGCUGUUAGAGGUGAAUCCAAGAGGGCUUGUUCCUGCUUUGCGGCACGACGACUGGGGAUGCUAUGAAAGCAACGUGUUGUUGGAAUAUCUGGAGGAUCUGGGUGUAGGAGCCGCAAUGCUUCCAGCAGACCCAAAGCUGCGCGCCCAUUGCCGGUUGUGGGCGGAUCAUGUCAAUCGGCAUAUCGUGCCGAGUUUCUACCGUAUACUGCAAGAGCAAGGCCAGGAGAAACAGAUUGAGAAGACACAGGAGCUGCGAGACGCGAUGGAAAAGCUGCUCGAGGUGGCGCAUCCCAAGGGGCCUUUCUUCAUGGGCUCGCAGAUGUCCCUUGUGGACGUUCAAGCUGCCCCGUGGAUCAUUCGGCUGCGGCGGGUCCUGAAACCAUACCGAGGGUGGCCAGAUGCUGAGGAGGGAACCAGGCUGGCCUCUUGGAUGAAUGCAAUUGAGACCGACCAGCAUGUGCAGGCGACAACUAGCACGGAUGAGUUGUACCACGACAGUUAUGAGCGAUAUGCCCAGAACCGUCCAAACACAUCCCAGGUCGCAAAUGCAAUUAAUGCAGGACGAGGCCUCCCUUAA